AGAAAGCCUUUGCAGAUCGUCUCACCUCGUUCUACUUUUUUCGUAUGAAAAUUACUCUCAUCGUGCAGCUUGGUCAUAUUUUAAUUCGUGUUUCCCUGCAGCUCUAUGAUUUCCGUUUCUCGAAAAACUUUCGUGGUUCUGUUCCCCAUGAAGGUUUGAAAGGGGUCGCGUAGCAGCUGCCAUUUAAUUCUCACCAAAUUUGCGAAGAUGUUCUUACGUUUUCCAGCUCGGGUCUUUGCGCCGCUAUGGUGGUGGUUUUCCUGCUACCAUGCGACAGAUCACGUUUUUGCUGCCAGCAGUCCGAAUGAACAUGCCGCCGACGGUGGUCUUUCGCAACUUCUGCACGGGCUCCGGGAUGCCAUGUUUCGACCUCUGCGAGAGGAGGCCGAGGAGGCCAAAUUUCCAUACCCUCUAGCGGAUCAUGCAAGCACUGCAUUGGAAAACCAAGCAGAUCUUCCGCCUCUUUCAGGAGCAGCAGAACUCGUGAGGAACACCACAGGAGUCGAAAAGAAAGCAACAUCAGGGGUGAUCGAAGCUGAAAAACCAGCAACAAAGUUUACCACCUUCCUCCGCCUGGCGCUUGAGAUCGAGCAGGAAUUUGGCCAGAUGUUCGAGGACUUUGUCGCGCACUUUCGGGUCCCGAUGGUAGAAAACGAGGCGUUGAGGGAAAAGCUGGAGAGGAUUAGCAGUUUGUUUUCCAAAAUUUUUGACCGCGACUUCAUCGCAGACGCCCGGAUCAUAGCUGUUCUUCAGGCGGGCGCGAGGAGAGACGAAGGGGCGGGGAGUGGCACUUCGCCCUUGCAACGGGAUGAUGAAGUUGCAGUACUAUCCCAACAUGAUUUAUUUUCUGGGAGAAUUCCUAGCAGUACGAGGAAAACAAAAAAGCUGCCGUUCUUCAAGAAACCUUUUCUCCCCCCGAACUUCUUCCGCUACCGAGGCCGGCUACUCAGCACGCUAGAGUUUCUCGAGGAUCAGGUUGGGAACCCAAAGAAAAACGCCCUGAACGAUGAAAUAAGCGACGACGAACUAGAGGAAGGGGUCGAGGAUCACGCGCUGCCGGUUGUUGACGAUGCAUCGACGAUAUUGAAGCCACUUUUGAACAACAAGAAUAACGACAAAACAGGAAGUACUGUUUUGGGCUUUUCCUUUCGCACGGAAUUUCAGAGAUCCUAUCCGCACCUCUCCGGUAUUUUCAACGCCUGCUUCGACCGACUGUUGCUCUACUACUUCUACUUCCACGAGCGGAUCAUGAUGCCAAAUACAAUUGAAAAACCGAAGAAAACGAGCAAUACCAACUACAGUUUGCCUCCCGUUCUUGGCAGUCGUGCAGCCGCGUUGACGACGAGGGAAGCAGGAACAAUCUCUGCAUCUUCUACAACAGCGCCGGCGGGGAAAAACAUGAUCUUCACCUCUGAAGUAGAUCACAAAUCUUUACAACCGGAGAAAAAAGUAGAUCUAGAAGAAGACCCGCAGCUUCGCGCGUACGCAGCGCAACUUGAAUUGCAACACCAGGAGGAGAGCGCUCUUUUGCGCAUCAUCAAAGAAGAAACCACUGUGAAGAUAAAAACCGAAGAUUCGAAGCAGAAGGCGCACGCCAUUGUGGAAAACCGGGAAUUCGUGCAGAAGCUGUACGAAGAGACAAGAAGAUGGAGUACAACGUCAGCAACCACGGAGAGCGACGUCGACCUACGGAAAGAUAAGGAGGUUUUUUCAGAGCAGAAAACGCCUGGAACAAGUAGCAAAUCUCAACGCCGAGGAACAAACCUGCGCAAGAAGAACAUUCUCCCCUACAACUACCCAAUUUUGUCCUCCUGGAAGCCCGUGUUUCAGCUGCUGACGCCGCACUUCUUGAACAAAGAAGCCCUGGAUUCCGUUUUGGAAUUCACCGACACGGUGGAUUUGAAGGGCUACAGUAAAGAAGACGUCGAGAGACUAGAAGUGAAUAUGGAGAAAAGCGCAGCUGGUGGAGUGGGGGCAGGUGCAUCGGGCGACAAAAAAGCAAGAAGAAGUGGGUCUGGUAGAUCAGAAGCCCGGUACAUGAAUGCGACCUCCAGGCGCGAGAGUGUAGUGCGACCGGCUGAAGAUGAAGAUGCAUCAAGCGCUGCUCCUUCCACAAAGUCAAGUACAGCUAUCUCUGGCGCAGCGGAGAGCCAACUUCACCAUGAAACAAACAACACGUCGUCGCGAUCGAAGAAGAUUCCGUACCAAUACAAGCCAACCUUUGGUUAUGACUGCACUUUCCGAACCGAAGCGAUGCGAGAAAUCGAGAACUUGUUUGCGACAGCAGGAGAAACGACCAGUGCUGGCACUCGAAGUGGUGCGUCGAAAAGGUCCACAACUGCGACGGAGAAAAAAGUGGACUCUGUAGAUGUUGAAGCAAAUCAAGAAUCGGUCCCGAAUUUCUAUUGGAUUCUGCAGAACCAGCUGAUGAAAUACAUUCUGCCCCUUCUCUACCAAGAAGAGGGCGCUUACAUCGGUAGUGACGCGACCCCGAGCCGAAUCUUCAACAAAAACUUCGAAGUGCUGGAGAACAUUCAGACGGGACACGAAAUGGGCGGAGACAGCUUUUUAUCCCACGGGUUUUCUGAGGAAAAAAAUGCACUUAGUCUUCUCGCAGGUUUGGAUCUUCUGCGCGACAUUUUGCACUGCUGAUCUCGUAGGCCGAGUUUGCCUGCUAGAUCAGAUGGUCGUCGAUUUUGGAUCAAAUAAACUCAGAUCGCGGCCACGACCUGAACAACUAGGUAAAAGUCAAAGCUGCAUAUUUUUGCACGAAGCCAAUGAAUCAACUUUAUGAAGUAGUAGAGUGAAAUCUAGUUUGUGCAUUUUUUCUUUGUUUUCCUUAAACUCUGGAAAGCAGCAUUUACGCGAAGAACGGCAAGGCCUACUCUUCCUCCAAUCCGAGGCAUGCGGAGGCUUUGGCCGAAAUGCUCCAGACAGACCGUGAGGAGUCGCGCAAGCGCAAUGUGAUCACGAACAACCUGGACAGAAAUUUCGACGACCUGCCCUGGCGCAGGAGUUUUUACGAGGCGGGGAUAAGAAGAGAGUACGCAAAGCGAAUGGCGACUCAUAGCGUGGUUUCCAGUGCCCACGGGAGCAAAAUCGGGGGCGCCCCUACCGCGACAAAUAAUGCCACAACCUCCCGAGUAAAGACGACAGAUUACGUGGAAGUGGAGGGCGGGACCAAGGGGAGUCGUGAAGUCCCGAGGCAGAAUUGGAUGUAUGAGUCCCACUCCUUCGCGGUCUUCACCAAGACCGAGGCCCUCCGCAUUCCCUUCGACGUGCAAGAGGACAUCAAUCGGGCACUUUUUUUACGGAGAAACAGACUGGAGAACGACCAAUUUUUUCUGCUCACCAUCACGGUUUACGUCCAGUAUCUACAGGGCAUGGACGUUUUCCUGCACGAGGAACCACCACGGCGGAAGAAGGGCGGGGGCGCAGAGCAGGAAGAUACUGCUGCUCGGAAAAAUAAAGAUAAUGAAGAUCAGGAAUUCAAGUUCAACUCGUCGUGGUCGCGCCAAGAACAAAAAAGUAAGAGCAACGUCUUUUCCUACAGUAUCCGUCCCAACGUGGUUCACGCGCUGGAACACUGCGCGCCGGCCAUGCAAAUUUUCAGUUCCUUCAUUCUGGUUGCGCUGCUCGAGUACCACGCCAGCCUAACGGCAGAGUCGACGUUUAACGCGCUGACCGCCUGGUUUCCGGAGGCGCAGAGGUUGAUGAAGUUUCUCACCGAGUUUCACCACCGGCUGCAUGUCGGCUUGGUAGAGCACACGUCGAAGUCGGGGACCAUGCUUUUCCAACGGGAGACGGUGCAGAGCCCGCAGAUCGUGCGGUUCCUCGGACGCGACGCGUUCCUGGAGAAGCCCACCGAUAGAAGGAAACUUUUGUGGUUCCAGGAGGAGUAUUUCCUCCCGGAUAAGGCGUCGAAAAGCAGGAGCCAAGAACUACACUUUGUUCCUUCGCUCCACGCCACGGAAGCGCUGGCGGCCGAUUCGGUGAAAAUCGACGAGACGUCCUUUCUCCGACACCGUGCGGUGCCAGAUCUGAGCGGGAUAGCCGAGAAGCUCUCGGUGGGCGGAGAAACCUGGCACGAGCGCGCGGUUAGAAGAAUGCAAAAACUGGACUCAGUGAAUGAAGCUGCUUUUCAUCGAGAAGGGGGUUCUUUAAAAAUUGGCACGCCGUCGACCACGUUCGCUGCUGGAAGGAGAGUUGGAGGAGGGUCGUCCGCCAUCGCGAACCUGAAGCCGCGGUCCUACCUUUUCCAGGACGAUCCCAUGCGCACGCUGCAAAACCUCGUCCGCGCCAGCAACCGCGUCAAGGACGCCUGGAUGCACUUCGCCUGGCGCAUGCCAGAGGAGCACCGCCAGCAGCUGAAAAAGAUGCAGCAAGACAAAGCGAAGCCGGCCGCUGCGGCAGGGGGCACUAGUUCGAGCAAAGGACAGCAGCACGGAAAGGGAGAACCAGAACACGACGAAAAGCAUCAACAGCUUCACAGCAACAAAGGUGCGGGAACAAAACUUCAAUCCGCGGGGAAAGUACAAGAGCCGGGCGCUGUUCUUGCCGUUUCACGAGGAGUCGAACUUCAAGGGUCAACAUCCGAGGAUGAACACGAUAUCGAUCCGAACACGCAUCCGACGUUACAAUACCUGCAGAAAAACAAGCACCUGCACAAGCGGAUCCCGCUGUGCGAGAGACUUGGGCUCAACAACCACUGCCUGCCCGAUGCGGCGAAACACCAUUAUGAAUUUGAACAGGGACUGAAGAAAGCGGUACAUAAUGUCGUAGAGUUGCUGGACGAGCUGAAGUUAGAAUACGUGCCGAUCGGGGGCACGCUGAUUUCCGCCCUGCGGUAUGGAAGGACGAUGGGGCAGUUGAGCGAGGAGAACAAAGUGGACGCGAUCGACGAUGACAUCGAGUUCCUCAUCAUGGUGGACCACGAGGACGAGUGGGGGGACAUCAUCGACACUCUGGGCCGCCGCGUCACGACCGCGAGACAGGUGACGCGGACCGACGGCGUGACGGUGGUCACUCCCCCGGUGCUGCACGACUGCAUGCUCAUUUUCAGUUUGGAAACCGAAGACUUGAUCGACUUGCCGAACGCAACGCUGUUCUCCAUGGGCGUGGGCCACACGAAUCAGAAGUUUUACGACCGAAUCGGGGGGCGAAGGGAAGCGGACCAAGAAGGGACUUUUCUGUACAAGCACUUUUACCACUCCAUCCGCUCAGACGUCCUGCAGUGCGUCGGGGCGGAGUCCUACCUCUUCUCCUUCGAAUUCAAGUCUUUUGUGAAGCAGUACCCGAAGUUUGAAUUCGGCUACGUCUUUCGAGUCCGGGAAUUGGAAAAGAAGGAGGAAAAUAAACACGAGAAUUCUUCCUCUGAACCCAACAUUUUCGCUUUCUGUGACUACGAAGAGCGCAGCCUGGAACACAACGAGCCCGAGCGCCUGCGCAAGCACUGGCGCAGGGACAAGGACGGGAUGAAGCCUCUGUGGGCCGUGCAGGAGUACCUCGAUCGAACAAGUGAAGAAGCGCUAGUAGUGGACACCAGCGCGAAUAACGAGAACGGGGGAAAGGUAACUACAUCGAAGGCGAAAAUGGAUUUGAAAAGUCGAGAUUUUACUUUACCAUCAAAAACGACUUCUUCGCCUGGUUCUCUUACUGCUUCUUCCACUUCCACGUCGCGGCCCGCCGGGAUAAUUUCCGCAGCGAUUUCCCUUCCGCGCCCGAAGUCCCUCACCCGCGCGGUGAACAAGAUCCUCACCCCCGCCCCGCUCUGUUACUUGCCGCAGGUUCCGCCGUUUCAGACGAAUAACGGACUCGUCCCGCUGAAAUACAUCUUCCCGCUGAAAAAGUGCAGGUUCUAUCAACUGCAAAUAUGUCUGGGUCCUCUGGAAGAGUGUAGAUCUGUCACGCAGGAGGUUUUCCAUGACCCAUGAGAACUCCCUCCCAACUUGGUCGAAAGUGGACAGGUUUCGGCACUCAUGCAACACAGAUUUUUGCAUGAUUCGGAUUUACCACGACAAUUUGCAGCAAGCUUACAGAUUCAGACAUAUUUGCAAUCAAUAGGCUCUUCGAGAAAACGAUCCCCUGUCCGCACGACCCCUUGUCCUUCCUCUACUUCACCAACGGAGGCGAAUAUUUCUCUCCGGAGUGGAAUGUGGCGCUGCCCUCGUUGGCAGGUCGGGACACCCGGUUCGACGUGACGAAGAAUUUUCGGGACCUGAACCAGAAGGACUUGAAAAUUUUGCACGAAAAAGCCAAGGAGCUGUCGGAAAACGGGUUUCAGAGCUUUUUGUCGGAAUACAGAGAAGUUGCACUGGUUGAUGACGGGAAGAUGAAUAGUACAACUGCGGACCACAAUGAUCAUUUUUCGUCAAGUUCUACUUCUGCUAGCGAAGUAGACUCGUCUACAAAUCAUGCUGAAAAAGUUAUUCAAAUCCGCUUGCCGUCCCGCUUGAAGAUGUUUGAGACGAAUGAGCAGCGGAAUCAACGUCGGCAGGCAGAGUUCAUUUCCGCGGUGGAAGGAAAGUUGCACCUGCACUUGCAGCGCACCACAAGUACAGCAGCAAAAUUUAGUACCAUAGUCCGUCGGUGGCACCGCUUCGAGGCGUUGCGCAUUGCAAGAACGCGCUUUGAGGUCGAAGAAAGCACUCGCAAAUAUUCACCAUCCGGUGGGCCGCCACAGUACGUGAAAAACGCGACAGUUAUUUCGACUACUUCAUCCGCGCCUUCUAAUCCGUAUUUUGAAGAAGACGGUAGUAAACAUUGGCACAGCUUCGAGGAAAUCGAGAAACGCGGGGUCUUUUCCGCCCGAAUGUGCCCGCCAGUGAGGAAGCGACAAGGAGUGGAUGACUACGCGAAUGAGAAGAUGAACAUGUGACAUCAAAACAGUGAAGACACAGUACGCCACAAAGAUUUUCAGCUGCCGCAGCUUUGGCUUUUCCGUAGCAUAG